AUGGAAAGAAUAAAUAAGCAGGCUCAAUCUUAGACCUACCAAGAUAAACCUGUUAUCUAGGAGCAUCAAUAAUCUGAUGGUGGCCCACCAGUUUUAAAUGAAAAGGAAGAGGUCAAGGAAUAUUUAAAGGCGGAAAGUUAGAAUGAUUCUGGUGACGAAAGCUCGAGUCACUAAAAUUAGAUUGACACUCACUUUAAGCCUAGUGAUCCCUUGAUAAUUAACAAUUAUAUGUAUAUUAAGGAGAUCUACAAUGUUAAUCUAUCGCCAACAUUAAUAUCAUUAACCACACAUAACUGUUCAAAUAUUAGAGUCAUUAAAAAAAGCAUAAGAAAAGAAAAGUUGAUAAAUGAGACUUAGCUUGGAUAUGCAAGAAACGAAUGCAUUAUUCACUCUUAACUCAAGCAUGAAAACAUAGUAGAGUUAUAUGAUUAUACUGAAACUGAUAAGGAAAUAGUACUGUUCAUGGAGUUCUGUAAUGAUGCAAACUAUUUCGAGGAAAAAAUAGAAGCAUCCUUAACACCAAUCAUGAACUAAUACAAGUUACAAUCAUACGCAAAUGAUAUCUUGUAAGGAGUUGAUUACUUGCACUCCAUUGGGGUGAUUCAUAGUGAUCUCAAACUAUAAAAUGCAUUGGUAAAUCGUCCGGAUGCGGAUGAUUCAGACUGUGGAGAACUGCCAAUUGUAAAAUUGUGUGAUUUUGGACUAUCACACAUCAUGAGUACCGAAUAUGGAGGCAAAGCAUUAAUGGUAGAAAAAUGUGGAACGAGCGGUUAUAUAGCUCCUGAGAUAGGAACUAAGAAUACACUUGUGGGGCCGGAAAUAGAUCUCUGGUCUUUUGGUGUAAUGCUCUACGAGAUGUGCACAGCCUAUAAGCCAACGAAACUACUAAAUUAUAGAUAUGGGAUAGAGAUUGGAGGAAGCAUAAUAAACAUAUUAAAGAUUUAAUCACGAGAUGCCUUGAAAUGGAUCCUAAAAAAAGAAUUACUUCGCUUGAAGCCCUAUAGCAUCCUUGGUUUUAAGAUGACUUAGGAGAUUGAUUUGAAUGAUAAAGUCCAUCAUCCAUGA